AGAGAGAGUGAAGAAUGCUAUCGUAGUCUCGCAAAACUAUUUGAGUAGUAGUGGGAGAUAAAGGUAGUGUUAAAUGUGUAUCCAUGUUGAUUUGUUGGAGGAUAGAAAGAAUGAAAACAGCGACAAAGGUGUCCUCAGUUGAAUUGAAGCUGGCUAUAAGAAGAAACUAGAGAGUGGUAGUCGACUAGUUCGAAGCAGUCGUCUUUUUUUGUUAGGACAUGGCUGCGAUAGUUAUCUUACUGAAUGCUUUUUGGAUAUAUUCCUCCCUAGCUGAAAGUGAUACAAGCCGAUGUCCUGAACCUGUGAUCAAUACUCGACACUAUUUGGCAACAUUUCGGGACAGUUGCUAUGUAUUUAUAAAUCAAGAAAAAUACUGGACCAAAGCCCGCGAUUAUUGUUGGUGGCUAGGUGGUGAACUUGUGCAUAUCCAUGAUAUGGAAACUAUGGAAUUUCUCAAGAGUGUUCUCAAUUCUAAAGAACUAGGCUGGAACAGAAAUGGUGUCUGGACUGGUGCCAAUGAUUUACUUCAUGAAGGCAAGUGGGUGUGGACAACAGGUGAAGAAGUGACAUGGACCUACUGGGCUCCUAAGGAGCCUAAAGGCAUCACAGACUUCUUUGAAGAUUGUGUUGUUAUGCGGCGAAAGCAAAACUGGCGUUGGCAUGAUUAUCAUUGUGACAUGGCCCUGUAUUAUUAUAACUUCAUCUGUCAAUUUCCUUUAAAAGAUAAAGGCUGGAAAGAAGCUUCUCCCCAGUCUGCUCCUGAUGGUAACAAUUCUGCUUUUGGAGGUAACAUGGUUGGUCUGAUAGUUGGUUUUGUGGUUGCGUUCAUUAUCAUCAUGAUCAUUUUCAUUGUUUAUUACAAACGCUGGCUUAAAAGGAAAUAUCAAGAGCCUGCUGUCCUCUUUCAGAAUACAUUCUAUGCUCAGAUGAAAAAUGAUAGUGAAACUGUACCUGCAGUUCCAAUUACAGAAGCUGUUGCCAAUAAUACCUACUGGAAUACAAAUGAUAUGAAUGUCUUAUAUGAAGAAGUCAGCAAACCAACAAACCAUGGGGUCAAUGAUAUGGAAAAUGCUCUCACGAAUAACAUCAACAAAGCAUGCACAGCUGAGGCAGGUGCUGUGGCUUCUGGAUAUGACAGCAAACUAGACAAAGAUGCUAAUAAGCAUCAUACAGUGAAAGUUAUGAACAACGAAAUUCGUGUAGAAUCAGAACAGAAUGUUAUCAAUGAAAAUUUAUAUGAAGAUAUGGCUGCACUAAAGAAGUGACAAUGUAGCUACUGUUAAGUUGUUAGUUAACAGUAAAUGGUUGGUGCAAUAUUAAUACUCAUACAAUGUGAAAAACAGAAUGAUUGAAAACAGAGCCAUAAACAAAGCGUUUCACAAAUUAUGAAACACUUAUUUUAUUGGUUAAUUUUAUCAACCCCAGUACUUGUUUAGUACUUCAUGUUUUAAAAUAUGAAGUUCAAUCAAAUGUCCACUUUAGAAUAUUGGUCACAAUUCAGUUACCUUGAUUAUACAUUAUUAGGAAAUAUUUCAGAUGUUAUUCUUUUGUAAUAUUUUCUGUUAAGUUUCUUAAUUUUUGUUUUUUUAAUCAAUGAAGAAAGACCUUAUUGCAGAUGUUGAUAUUGUUAUAGUUCUCAACUAGUUUGUACCAUCAUCAUAUCAUGAUCACAUACUGGUAUCCUUUCAAAUUGUUUCAGCAUUCCAUUUGUACAUCAUGAUUCUAAUCAACUUAUAUAUUCAUUUUUGAUAUAAAAAUUUAUUACUCAAAGCAAUUUUUUUUUUCUAGUGAAAAAUCACUCACCUGCAUCUAUAGAAACAAACUAAAUGAAACUUUGCAAGUCCUAGUCAAUUGCUAAUGUACUUUAGAAUCAUAUUCUUUGUUUGAAACAAACAAACAAACAAACAAACAACACACACACAUUACAGACUCACUCAUACUCAUGCACAAACACAAUCUUCAGUCUGCUUCCUUCAUGCAUUGUUCUCUAAAUUUUGUUUAUCAACCUAUAUAUUUAUUGUCUGAAAUGUCAGUAUUAUAUAUUCACUUGAGAACUGGAUAGACUUUAAAUAUAAGGUAAAAUAUUUCUACUCUCUAAAAAGCAACAAAAAGAAAAAACUUCCACAAAACACUCAUGCAUAGUGUUGAAAUUAUUUUGUAUUGUCAUAUUUGACAUUGUUUGUAUUUUUUUUUUUUUUUUCCUUUUCUCCUCAAUUAAAUUUUGAUGCAAUUAGAAACUGGACACAAAGCCAUAGAUUUAACACUUUUGUUACUAUAUUUCCAUUGAAAUACACUGCCUUUUGUUUCAAUUACUUUUGAAAAUGGUGAAGAAUUUAGUUAAGUUAUUUUGUCAUUAUUUAAGCUGAUGUUCAGAAUAUAAAUUAACAUGAAAUUCUGAUGGGAGGUUUUAAUAGUGAAUUUGUAUCAUGGGACUAGAAGAGGUCUCAGGAAGGAUGGUAUCAAAAGGGUUAAACUAGAUAAAGCAGUUGUAACCAUGCAGUUUUACAUUUAAAGCCAGUCAUUUCAUAAAUGAGGCUUGGUGACUGCUUGGUUUUGGUGAUGACUUGCAAAUCACCGAAAAUCAGGUUGCCACAGUCAUUUGUGUCUCUACUUGAUUAAGGAAGAGGAAGUUCCAAUCCAUUUCUAUAGCUCAGUGGUUAGCAAUACAAAGUGUAUCCAGCUGCACAAAAUGUUGUUUUCAACAGCAUUAACAAGCUAAAACAAACCCUUCCAUUUUCAUGCUUUCUUGGUAGUUUGAAAACUGCAUAAUAAUAAUAAUAAUAAUGAUGAUAAUAAUAAUAAUUCUUUCUACUGGAAGACAAGGCCUCAAAUUUUGGAGAAGGGAUUAAGUCAAUUACAUCGACCCCAGUGCAUAACUGGUACUUAUUUAAUCAACUCUGAAAGGAUGAAAGUCAACCUCGGUGGAAUUUGAACUCAGAAUGUAGCAGCAGACAAAAUACUCCUGAGCAUUUCAACCAAGUUUUAAAAAUUUGACAUGAGGGCAGAGCAUGCUCCCAAAAACAGCUCUAUUGGGGACAGCUAGGAUUUUCAGAUUGGUACUUGGGUGUUGAGUAUCUUCUGUGAUACUUAACAGCUAUGUACCAAGUCUUAUAAUUUGUGGAAAGGGACCUCGUGAGACUUUUGACAACAGGAUGCUGCUCUCACAGGAUUAACAAGAACAAAUAAGAUCAAGAUCUCUGAGAAAUUAUAAAUAUAAUGAUAAUGGUGAUGAUGAUGAUGAUGGUUUCUCAUUUAACUACAACACCAGCUGUAUUAAUGAGAGUGUAUUAGUCAGUUAUAUCAACCCCAGUACUCAUUUAGUAUAUCAUGUUAUCAACCUCAAAGGGAUGGAAGAUGAUGUUGACUUCAGUGAGAUUUGAACUCAGAAUGUAAAGAACCAGAAUAAUUAUAGUAAGGCAUUCUUCUCCCCCCCCCCAUGCUCUAAUGAUGUUGUCAAUCACUGCCUUUACUUGUUUCUAAUUUUGGCACAAAGCCAGCAAUUUUGGGGGGAAGUGUUAGUUUAUUACAUCAUUUCCUUACGACCCCACUGCUUAACUAAUAAUGAUAAUAAUGCAGACAGUGAAGAGAGUAACUGUCAUCCCAGUUGUUGCAGGGGCACUCACAGCAUUAACAACCAAGUUUGAGAAGUAGGUCAGAGAAACUGGAAUUGACAUGUGGGUAGAGUAUGCC